AUGACCGCUUCAAUAGAUGUGCGGCUUCCUCAAACAAAAAUUGAAGCAAAAACCUCGUUGACCAUUGGCAGCCGAGUAAGGAAGCGCAAUGCCACCGGAACGGUGUUAUACAUCGGUACCGUACAAGGUUACCAAGGAGAAUGGAUAGGCGUCGAUUGGGAUGACCCGAAACGAGGCAAACACGACGGGUCGAUAGGCGGAGUUCGCUAUUUCAAAGCCAGUUCCUCGACAAGCGGUUCUUUUACUCGGCUGAACCACUUAGACGUUGGCCGUUCGCUAUUCUCCGUUCUGGCAGAACAAUAUGACGUAUGCAGGCAACGCCUAAACGCUAGACUGGCUCAGAAAGAUUGCUCUGUGAUCGGCACUGCAUUAAAGGAGCUGUCAAAGGGGCUCAACAAGAACAGAUUCAAACCAGUUCAGUCUUGUAAGGCGGAUACAAACACUACAAGGUUGUCAAACAUCUCAGCCCUCUUCCUGAACGAUAUCGCUUCACCGUUAGAUGAGAUAUUACGGAUAUUGUCUAUGUUUCCGAAUUUACAGGAACUUAGACUUUCUCACAAUAACUUAACUAACUUCGAAACACUGAAGCUUCCGUUACUGAAGGUGUUGGAUCUCGAGAAUAAUCAGAUCUCAGACUGGAAUUACGUAGCUGUACUUUCUUCGCUGCCUCGGUUGGAAGUUCUGAAUCUAAACGGGAACUACAUUUCGGAAAUACGCAUAAAAUCCACGUCGCAAAGCCAUCCUUUUCCUUCUUUAAAAGUAUUGUAUCUGAGUCGAAACAAGAUCGAGGACUGGAACUCAGUGGACGAAUUAAACUCUCUACCUCGUCUGGAGUUCCUGACGAUUCACGAAAAUCCGUUUCUUUACUCGUUUGACAAGCGCACAUCAUCUGAGCUAGUUAUCGCCAAAAUCAAGCGACUGAAAAUGCUUGACAAAACGGAGAUUAAGGACGAAGAAAGAAAAUGGGCUGAAAUCGACUACCUGAAACUGUUUUCAGCUGAAUGGUCGAAGGUGAUCGCCCUCGGCAAGGAAUCAGCAGAAUACAGGGCGUUCGCAGCGGCACAUCCUCGAUUUUCACAGCUGGUGUACGAAUAUGGCCCGCCGGAAAAGUACGAUUCGCCGAAAUCUGAUCCAUUGUUUUUGAAAAACAGCUUGAUAGAGACCAUGACGGUUCGGAAGCUGAAACUUCUCGUUGGUAGAAUGUUCAGAGUGGACCCCCUUUCUGUAAACCUCGUUUACCAAAGCAGCCGCUCGAAAGACAUAAUCUUUCCACUGGACGAUGAUAUGAAAUCGCUGGCAUUCUAUUCUGUAGAAGGAGCCGACAAAAUACUGGUCUACCCGAAGACUUAA